GUUUGACGUCAUCGUACGUGUGGUGCCCCUGCUGCCGGGGCCGGUGAUUGGAGGAAACCCCGUGUCUGCGGAGCGGCUGUAGCCUGUGAGCAGCGAGAUUCAGGGACAGAGUCUCAGCCUUGCCGCUGCCGCCGCCCAGAGACUGCUGAACCCCCGUCCGUCCGCCGCCACCCACUCCGGACACAGAACAUCCAGUCAUGGAUAAAAACGAGCUGGUGCAAAAGGCCAAACUGGCUGAGCAGGCUGAACGAUAUGAUGACAUGGCAGCCUGCAUGAAGUCUGUAACUGAGCAAGGAGCUGAAUUAUCCAAUGAGGAGAGGAAUCUUCUCUCAGUUGCUUAUAAAAAUGUUGUAGGAGCCCGUAGGUCAUCUUGGAGGGUCGUCUCGAGUAUUGAGCAAAAGACGGAAGGUGCUGAGAAAAAACAGCAGAUGGCUCGAGAAUACAGAGAGAAAAUUGAGACCGAGCUAAGAGAUAUCUGCAAUGAUGUGCUGUCUCUGUUGGAAAAGUUCUUGAUCCCCAAUGCUUCACAAGCAGAGAGCAAAGUCUUCUACUUGAAAAUGAAAGGAGACUACUACCGUUACUUGGCUGAGGUUGCUGCUGGUGAUGACAAGAAAGGGAUUGUGGAUCAGUCACAACAAGCAUACCAAGAAGCUUUUGAGAUCAGCAAAAAGGAAAUGCAACCAACGCAUCCUAUCAGAUUGGGUCUGGCCCUUAACUUUUCUGUGUUCUAUUAUGAGAUUCUGAACUCUCCGGAAAAAGCCUGCUCUCUUGCAAAGACAGCUUUUGAUGAAGCCAUUGCUGAACUUGAUACAUUAAGUGAAGAGUCAUACAAAGAUAGCACGCUAAUAAUGCAGUUACUGAGAGACAACUUGACAUUGUGGACAUCGGAUACCCAAGGAGACGAAGCUGAAGCAGGAGAAGGAGGGGAAAAUUAACCGGCCUUCCAACUUUUGUCUGCCUCAUUCUAAAAUUUACACAGUAGACCAUUUGUCAUCCAUGCUGUCCCACAAAUAGUUUUUUGUUUACGAUUUAUGACAGGUUUAUGUUACUUCUAUUUGAAUUUCUGUAUUUCCCAUGUGGUUUUUAUGUUUAAUAUUAGGGGAGUAGAGCCAGUUAACAUUUAGCGAGUUACCUGUUUUCAUCUUGAGAUGGCCAAUAUGGGGAUGUGGAAUUUUUAUACAAGUUAUAAAUGUUCAGCAUAGUACUUUUGGUACAUUGUGGCUUCACAAGGGCCAGUGUUAAAACUGCUUCCAUGUCUAAGCAAAGAAAACUGCCUACAUAUUGGUUUGUCCUGGUGGGGGAUAAAGGGAUAAUUGGUUCCAAUCAUAUGUGUAGUUAUUGUGGGUACUUCAAGGUUUGGAGCACUUACAAGGCUGUGGUUGAAAUAGAUAUCCCAUGGAUAGUACAUGUUGAACCAUGUGUGUCUAUGGAAUACACAAUUUCAAUGUGCACACCUUUGACUACAGCUGCAGAAGUGUUCCUUUAGACAAAGUUGUGACCCAAUUUACUCUGGAGAAGGGCAGAAACGGUUCACAUUCCAUUAUUUGUAAAGUUACCUGCUGUUUGCUUUCAUUAUUUUUGCUACACUCAUUUUAUUUGUAUUUAAAUGUUUUAGGCAACCUAAGAACAAAUGUACAAGUAAAGAUGCAGUAAAAUUGCUUGAUAUCCAUUACAUCAUGUAUAUCAAGCACAGCAGUUAAAACAAAAAAUCCAUGUAUUUAACUUUUUUUUAGGUUUUUUGCUUUUGUGAUUUUUUUUUUUUUUUUUUUUUGAUACUUGCCUAACAUGCAUGUGCUGUAAAAAUAGUUAACAGGGAAAUAACUUGAGAUGAUGGCUAGCUUUGUUUAAUGUCUUAUGAAAUUUUCAUGAACAAUCCAAGCAUAAUUGUUAAGAACAUGUAUUAAGUUGAUGUAAGUGGAAUAAAAGUUUUAUGAAUGGACUUUUCAACUACUUUCUCUACAGCUUUUCAUGUAGAUCAGUUUUUUGGUUCUGAAACUUCUCUAAAGGAAAUUGUACAUCUUUGGAAAUUCAUUCCUUAUUCCCUCUUGGCAGCUAAUGGGCUUUUACCAAGUUUAAAUACAAAGUUUAUCAUAAUGACAAAAAUACUACUAAUAUAAUUACUACCCUUGCCAACUAUGACCCAUUCUCUCCUCUUCCUCCUCUCAGAAAAAUUAGUUUCUAUUUUUGGAGGGAGAUUGAACAGAAAAAAAGUAAUGUGUUCAUUUAAAUUUUUAGUAUAUGGCAUUUUCUAACUUAGGAGGCCACAAUGUUCUUGGCUCAUUGUGACAUUGGGUAGCAUUAACUGUAGUCUUGUGCUUCCAAAUCACUUUCGGUUUUUAAAAUUUCUUGAUAUUCUUAUAGCCUGCCUUCAAUUUUGAUCCUUUUAUUCUGUUUGUCAGGUGUACAGGAUUACCUUCCUUUUUUAGCCUUCUUCUGUCUUGUCACCAGCCAGUUCUACUUGGUGGCCAUGUACUUGGCAAAAGGCCGCAUGAUCUUUCUGGCUCCACUCAAUGUCUAUAAGAGACUCUGCUUCCUUUGCUUGCAUCCCACAAACUACUUUCCUCAUCCUAUUUACUGCAGCAAAUCUCCUUAGUUGAUGAGAUUGUGUUUAUCUCCCUGUAAGCCCUACCUAUCCUGAAUGGUCUGUCAUUGUCUGCCUUUAAAUCCUUUCUCUUCCUCUAUUCUCUAAAUAAUGAUGGGGCUAAGUUAUACCCAAAGCUCACCCUACAGAAUAUUUCCUCAGUACCUUGCAGAAAACACCAAACAAAAAUGCCAUUUUAAAAGAGGUGUAUUUUUUUUUCUUUUAGAAUGUAAGCUCCUCGAGCAGGGACAAUGUUUUCUGUAUGUUCUGUUGUGCCUAGUACACUGUAAAUGCUCAAUAAAUAUUGAUGAUGGGAGGCAGUGAGUCUUGAUAAGGGUGAGAAACUGAACUUCUGAAUACUGUUUUGUUGCUUGUUCCAUUAUGACCUCAGAUUAAAUUGGGAAGUAUUGGCCCUUUUGGACAAUUGUCCCAAGUACUAUCUUAUAAUAAAAGUGCAAUGGAGGCCUUGGGGUCUGUUUCAAGAAGAGAAGAUCUCUUAUGCAUUUGGGACAACAUCAUAAUAAUGCAUCUUCAUUCAUAGCUCUUUUUACCUUGCAUAUUAAUUUCUCCUGACCUCAGACCAAGAAGGCGAAAUAAAGGAAAGUUAAGCUAGACUGGGGAGAUGGAUCUCAUUCAAUUAAAUUGUAAAUAGAAUCUGAAACGGCACAUUUGCCUAUUAGCUGUUUAUCAUAAUCACUCAUCUAGUUUGAAUCUGAAAUAAAUUGUAACAAAUACUUCGUUAAUAUUAGCUGUUAAUUUACCCUAUUUUUAUGUAGUAGUUCUUUUCAAAUUCCAGCUCUCCUUUUAAAAGAUUUCCAACAUGAGUUUUUUUGCCUUGGGACUUGAAUAGUUUAAUUAUAUAUAAAAUACCUUAUUUCCUUAAUUAUCCCAAAUCCAGGCCUCGUGUCUGUUUUUGUGACUAUCACGCGGUAGUGCCAGGAGACUGGAGAAUUUAAAACUAUUUUUUGUAUGUGAAGUAUUGGAAUUUUUUUUUUUUUUUAAAUUGGCCACUUCAGAGUUGUCCUAUGAAGAAUGGAGAAGCAGUGUGAUCAGUAAAAGGAUGGACUUUCCUGCAGCUUGGCCUGUUGUCCUGGCUUUUCCAAUUAUGUAGUUGUGUUACUUUGUGCUAUAAAAAUUGUACAAUAGUGGGAAGAAGGGGAAGGUAAAAGGAUUAAAAGAAUAUAUGUCAAGUGGCAUAACUAGGGGCUCUUUUUUUUUUUUUUCUUCGUGUCAUCCAUACAGAAGAGUCACCAGUGCCCAAGGUGUAUUUUAAAACUAGUCAAGGCCAACUUGGAAGCUGCAGUCUUAGAUCAUUUGUGGUCAGACCUCAACCUGAGUAAAACCUUGAUUGAAUGACUUUGAGGACUAUGUCAGUGGUGAGAUGUUUAACAUCUUCCGUAGGCUCUGGAUGAAGAUCCAAGAGUUUUGGAGACUUUCCAGCAGUGCUAGCAUCAUAUUCAAUGAUACAGUUGGGAGAACAGCACUUUAUUUGGAUUCAAGGCACCAUAGUCACUGAAUGAGAGCCUCCAAUGUUAGGAACUCACUCUGGCGCUAUGUGCUCAGAAUCAUAAAUUGCUUUGUUGUAUUUUGUGUUACAUACCACUUUUAAAAUUACAAUGGUAGAAUUGUAUCUGCAGUCUUGAGUUGCUGGCUGAAACUGGACACUUGCAAAAUGGGUAGACUUGGUUCCUCUUCUAAAUGUGAAACUGCAUUAAUAAAGUACUUUAAUCAUCA